GGGCUCGGGCGGCGGCCCUCGGCGCCCCGCCCUUCCCGGGCCCGCCCCCGGCUCCAUCUUGGCCGAGACCAGGUUGGGUCGUGACGCUGCUCCACGGGGUCAGAAUGUCGUACCCGGGCUAUCCCCCCACAGGCUACCCAGCUUUCCCUGGAUAUCCUCCUGCGGGUCAGGAGUCAUCUUUUCCUCCUCCUGGUCAAUAUUCUUAUCCUAGUGGCUUUCCUCCAAUGGGAGGAGGUGCCUACCCACCAACACCAAGUAGUGGCUACCCAGGAGCUGGAGGCUACCCAGGAGCUGGAGGCUACCCUGCCCCUGGAGGCUAUCCCAGUGCCCCACAGCCCGGGGGAGCCCCAUCCUAUCCUGGAGGCCAAGGGUUUGGAGCCCCACCAAGUGGAGCAGGCUUUUCUGGCUAUCCACAGCCACCCUCACAGUCUUACGGUGGGGGCCCAUCCCAGGUCCCACUACCUGGUGGUUUUCCUGGGGGACAGAUGCCUUCUCAGUACCCUGGAGGACAAUCUCCUUACCCUAGUCAGAUCAAUACAGAAUCCUUACCUUCCUAUCCUGUUUUCUCUCCUGUUUCUUUGGAUUAUAGCAGUGAACCUGCUUCGAUGACUCAGGGAACUCAAGGAACAGUCCAACCUGCUGCCAACUUCGAUGCCAUGAGAGAUGCAGAAAUUCUUCGUAAAGCAAUGAAGGGUUUUGGUACAGACGAGCAGGCAAUUGUAGACGUUGUGGCCAAUCGUUCCAAUGAUCAAAGGCAAAAAAUUAAAGCAGCUUUUAAGACCAUGUAUGGCAAGGAUUUAAUCAAAGAUCUUAAGUCAGAGUUAAGUGGAAAUAUGGAAGAACUGAUCCUUGCCCUGUUCAUGCCACCUACAUAUUAUGAUGCCUGGAGUUUACAGAAUGCAAUGAAGGGAGCAGGAACUCAGGAACAUGUAUUGAUUGAAAUUUUAUGCACAAGAACAAAUCAGGAAAUCAGAGAAAUUGUCAGAUGUUAUCAAUCAGAAUUUGGACGAGACCUUGAAAAGGACAUUAGGUCAGAUACAUCAGGGCAUUUUGAACGUUUACUUGUAUCCAUGUGCCAGGGAAAUCGCGAUGAGAACCAGAAUGUUAACCACCAGCUGGCUCAGGAAGAUGCUCAGCGUCUCUAUCAGGCUGGUGAGGGGAAAUUAGGGACAGAUGAAUCUUGCUUUAACAUGAUUCUUGCCACAAGAAGCUUUCCUCAGCUGAAAGCUACCAUGGAGGCCUAUUCCAGGAUGGCUAAUCGAGAUUUGUUAAGCAGUGUCGGCCGUGAGUUUUCUGGAAAUGUUGAAAGUGGUUUGAAGACCAUCUUGCAGUGUGCCCUGAACCGCCCUGCCUUCUUUGCUGAGAGGCUGUACUAUUCUAUGAAAGGUGCCGGCACAGAUGACUCCACCCUGGUCAGGAUUGUGGUCACUCGAAGUGAGAUUGAUCUUGUACAAAUAAAACAGAUGUUCAGUCAGAUGUAUCAGAAGACCCUGGGCACAAGGAUUGCAAGUGACACGAGUGGAGAUUACCGAAGGCUUCUUCUGGCCAUUGUGGGCCAGUAGGAGAGAUUUUUUUUAAAUGAGUGAAGCUAUUCAGAGCUUAUCCUUCAAAGUAGUGACUGACCUGCAUGCAGCAACAUCAACCCUCACCUAACCAAAAGAGCUUUUUACUAAAGACUGUGUCAGGGUAUUGUGCUUGGUUUGCACAUGUGGUUAUUGCCUUAAUUCCAAUGUUAUUUUUUCCUCUAUAUACGAUCAAGUAAAGCCAUAUCACAAUGA